AGACAAUGGAGGUUAUGGAACACGGUUCUCUGUUUAUUUAUUUUACAAAACCCUCUACGAGGUAGCCCCGAAGUCCAUCCGAAAAAAUAAGGAAGAGACAAUCGGGAUUCCGUCGUAUUGAUUCGGAAUAUUUUUGCGCCCCGGGUCACCGCGCAUUUCUAGGAAAGACAAGCCGUGCAAACAGGAACAAUGGCCAUCUCCUGUGAGGAAAGAAGAUAUGAAAGUUUUUAUUUAUCGCGCUAUAUGAAGCCAUAGAAAUACGCUUAAGAAAUGUCGUAGUAGCGUAAAUCUACCUAAACACGAAGAAGGAAGAUAGCUCGAUUGUUGUGAUUCUUUUCUCCCACGUGUGAAGUCCCAACAACAUGGCCUAAAAGACAGAUAUCUAAAGAGGAAGCCCAAAUUCAUGCUCUAUUAUCAUGGCCAACUUUUUAGAGAUGGCUGGCAUGGCUGAAAUGGCACAACAAAUGGGAAAUUAUGAGCAAUCUGUUGAGCUGUACACCAGUGCAUUACAGUGCAUCCCUCCCAAUAUGCCUCAUGACUUCUUUGUCAGGCUGCUGCGAGAUCGUGCUGAGGUCAACUGGCAGUUACUCAGAUAUGAAGACGCUUGCAGUGACAUAGACACAGCACUUAAGAUUGAUCCGAUGCUUGCAUUGGGCUGUGAGCUUGCAUGUGAUGUACAGGCAAACAGAUGGAUUGACCGUGGAGAUGAGAUGACUAAUGCGGGGAAUGUCGAUGCUGCAAUACACUGCUUUUCCAUUGUCUUAAACUUCAGCAAGAAGAGCCGCAAAGUGAUCACCACUGCUUCUGCAUUGGUGCGCAGAGCAACAAUGUACUACCGCAAAGGAGAUAUUUCAUUUGCACGAAAGGACAUCAACUCUUGUAGAAAGAUUCACCCUGAGCUAGCCAAGGGUCAGGGAGCUGCCAGCAUAAAAAUAGGAGAUGUUUUGUUUGGCAAGAAAAAGUAUGCUGAAGCAUUGGAUCUCUAUAAGCUAGCUCUUGAGUUUUGUACAGCGGAUAUGGAUGCAGUGUGCUUUGAAGCACACAACUGCAUUGCUUCGUGCUAUUUCUGCCUCAAGAACUAUGACAAAGCAUUGAUAGCUGGCAAAGAAGCAGUUAAAGUGAAACAGUGCAAGUCAGCCUCUGAGGCCAAGAAGUGGAAGGAAAGGGGUAAGGAGCUCUUCAAAGCCAACAAAUACAGUCUUCUGGACGAGUACUACUCCCUGGCAUUAUCAUAUGCGCAUCACUCCGACAAGGAGCUAGUGUCUCAGUUGCUCUGCAAUCGCUCUCUGGCUUUCUUAAAAAAGAACUUCCUGAAGUCUGCACUUACGGAUGCCAAGGAGUGUGUCAAGACUAGACCCUCUUGGUCCAAGGGCCAUUAUCGUCUUGGCUCAUGUCUUGCACAGUCUGACCAGGGAGUUGAGGCAAUGAUAGCUUUUUCUGCUGCAUAUGACCUCUGUGAAGCAGAAGAGGAGAAAUAUGAUGUUUUUGACCAGAUGCUUGCACUCUCAGCUAAAGCAGGUGUUCCUUCAGGAAUAAAGCUAGAGGAGAUACAUUGCAAAAAGUUCACUAAAAGAGCCACAAAUGAAGCAGUCAAGAAGAACGAUUUUGCAAAACUGUGGGCCCUUUUUUUGGGAGGGAUUGAAGGACAUGGGCUAGGAGAUAGUGGGUUGGCAAUGCUAUAUGAGUGUGAUACUGCAUCAUGUGAUUUGGGCAAGAUAGUGGCUGCUAAAGUACCAGGUGACCUUCCGACACUAAUUUCAGCACUGGCAGAUCACGGGGCACUUGUUGAUGGGACACCAGGCUGUCAAAAGCCUCCCAUCUUGUGCGCUAUGGAAGAGAAAGAGUUUAAGUUAGCAUCUGAGCUGAUUAGGAGGAAUGCUGAUCUUGGUUGCCUUUAUGGCAAACAGAACCUCAUCUCUGAGGACCGUGCAGUAUUCCUGUUCAAAGAAGCAGAGAAAAUGUUAAAUCCAAACUACAUCUCGACAAACCAGGUGCUACCAGUGUACUAUGCCUGCAUUGAGCUUUGCCCAACAUGGCUGAAAAAUCUUCAGGGCGCUUGUCAAGACAGUAUAUCUGGUGCAUACUUUCUAGAGAAGGAUUAUGCAAAAUGUAUUGACGCGGGGAUGAAGUCCUACUCUUUACAUCCACACCCUUCUGAGAGAAAUGCUUUGGAAUGGCGUGAGCGUGGCAAUAUCAUCUUCAAAGAGAAGGAAAUGCAGGAGAACAAAGACAAUCUACUGAUCCGUUAUUAUUCCCUGGCUAUCAACUACUCCCCUGAGUCGUGUUCUGAGAUGCGUGGGGCUCUUCUUAGCAACCGCUGCCUUAUCUAUCUCAAUAUGUAUCAGUACGAUGAAGCUCUUGCAGAUGCUAAGAAGUGUGUUGCAUCCAGGCCUGGCUGGUUCAAGGCAUACUAUCGACUCAGCUGCUGUUUGAAGGCUCUAGGAAAGACUACUGAAGCCCUCAAAGCGGCUUGUGACGGCUACAGAAAGGCUGACUGUAAUGAGGACAAGGUUUGCAUGGCGACACAGGUCAUAGCAAGUGCCACUGAAGCAAAAGGUGGAACAAUGAGUGUCACGUGCAAGAUAUCAGAUCCAGUCAUGCAGCGAAUCAUUAAAGAUAUCUGCAACAAGAAGGAGUGGGACAAGCUAAAACUCCUCUUUCUCGGAGGUGACCCCAACAGAAACUUCCCUCAAGGCCGGGGAGGCCUUGCUACAGGAACUGAUGCCUCACACAUCCCUCUGGACAGUGUCCUGCGGUCCGACAUGUCUAACUUGAGCAAGCUGGUAGCUGUGCUAAUAGACCAUGGUGCAGAUGUGAAUGGUAUGAGAGGAAGCAAGAAUCGGCCCCUUUGCUUAGCACUAGCUCAAGAGAAGUACAGCAUUGUGGCGCAGUUAUUAAAGCACAAGGCGGAUCCGUCAUGUAUUGGUGCUAAACUGCCUGAUAAACCUGCCAACAAAGAGUGUCAGUUUCAGCAUUGGAAGGAUCUUGCAACCAAGGCAAUGAACGCAAAAGACUACUCUCGUGCCAUUCAACUGCUGAAUAUAGCCCUCCAGUUUACUUCCUCGUCUUCGAAGGACGCUAACCACAAACUGCACACGCUCUUUGCAACUGCAUACUUUGAGCUCAAGAUGUACGAGAAGGCCCUAGAAAAUGGAAACGAAUGCUUUAAACUCAAGCCAGUCAAGGAUCAGGCUGAAGCAUACAAGUGGAAAGAUCGAGGUAAAGAGCUAUUCAGAGACAAACGUUACGUUCUUCUAGUCGAGUUCUACACUUUAGCUAUCAAGUACGUGCCAUCCAAUGAGAAGGAGCUGCUUGCCACACUCUUGGGGAACCGUGCUCUGGCCCACUACAACAUGAGUAACUACCAACAAGGGCUUGACGACGCGAAGAGCUGCUCCCGCUUCAGACCAGAAUGGUACAAGGGCUACGCUCGUCAGGGGUACUGUUAUUCCUGUCUAAACCAACACAAAGAAGCACUUCGUGCUUUUAGUGAGGCGCUGAACAGAGCUGCUAAUCCAGAAGACCAGUUCACUAUCUUUAACCAGAUACUUGCUUGUGCGGCCUUGUUACCAGACGGCAUAUCUAGCUUAACAUGCAACCUCCCAGAGGCAGUAGUCAAGAGGGCGGUGAAAGAUGCCUGUGCGACCCAAGACUGGGCCAAACUCGAUAUGCUUUACCUUGGUGGAGGGGGAUCCAAGCGCUGCAGGAAAGGCGAGGGCGGUUUUGCUACUGGCAUGAGUGCGGCUGAUAUUCCAAUCGAACACAUUGUGCAGAGCACUUACAUGAGAAAGGCGCAACUGAUAACAACCCUACUGGAGAAUGGUGCAAAGGCAGAUGGACUAAAUCAAACAGCCAAGCCCCCUUUGGCCAUUGCCUUCGACAACGAGGAGUUUGGGAUCGUAGUAUCCCUACUGCAGUACAAUGCCUCCGCUUCUCUCAUUUUAGAUGGUGCAACAGGACCUUUGCAGAUAGCUUUCAACAUGGCUGUCAAGAAAGGCAAGUUUCAUUUUCUGAAGGCGCUGUUGGAUGCUGAAGGCAUAGAUGUCGACGCUAAAGACAGAACUGGUAACACAGUUCUUCAUCAGGCAUGUCUUGCUCAGUCAAGCAAGCGCAAAUGUGAUGCCAUCCAAGCCAUUCUCGAUGGCGGUGCCAAUCCUGCAAUAAAGAACAACGAAGGAAAGCAGCCACUUGACCUCAUCAUGGCCAAAAAAGACCCCCGAGUUAAAUUAAUCCGUGCAGCCGUGAAUGCACUAAAAAGUGGGAACAAGAAACCACGGAAGAGAAACCGGCAGGUAAAGCAGGUUGAAUUGAGAGACAACAACUCUGUGCCAACGGACGGUUCGACCAAGACUGCAUCCCUUUCACCUAGUGAGGGGACUUCUGAGGGAGAUGCUGAUCAAGAACCAAAUAAGGCCUCCGCAUCUCACUACACUCAAAAGAAAACAACAGGAAGCAGCUCAACAGAGGCACUAAGGGAAGAUAUAUCUUAUAUGCUCGAGGCAGUGACACCAGCGGAACUAGAUGUCCCAACGGAUAAUGAAGACGAAAUUGGAGAUGAAAAGGCUCCAAUUGCAGCUGAUGGCUUAGAAGUUGUUACAGCUUCCGAAGCAGAAGGGUUGGAAGAGAACGGGCAGGACACAUAUGAAGAAGAGGAGGAUGAAGAAGCUGAAGAGGAACUUUCUGGAGUUCCUGAAUCCAAUCUCCUGUCUGCAUUUGAGAAUCUUCCAUGGGAAGUCGACUGUACAGAUGUAUUUUGGAAAGUACUGCAGAGCAAUGAAAUUGCACUAGACACCAAGCGAAUGAUCAUCAGCAAGAUCUGCAUGCUAGCUCAGGGCCGCUGGACCAAGAAGCUUUGCCGGAGGAUAGACGGAUCACCAAGGGAACAAGGGAUGUUCCUCUUUAAAGCACGUGCAGCAAAAGCAGCUUGGAUCAUCUGGGAGUUGAGUGUAGCAUUUUCGGCAAGGUGUAGCGAUGACCGUGAAAUGCGGGGCCAAGAUGGGACACAUUCAGGUCGUGUUUAUACUGAGAUCAUCCGUGUCUGGGACGUUGCAACAGAUUAUCGUUCCAUUGAUGGAAAAGUUGAAAGAAUUGUGAAGUCCCACAACCGUGGUCUCAACUGCAUGGUAAAGAAAGAGCUGCAGGGAUUCAAGAAAUCCUUGUAUAAACCAGUUGGUGAAGGUGAAAGGCUUCCAAAUUUCUUCACUGAAGUUUCAGAGUCUGUGGAUGAGCUUGUCGGUGAGCGGAGUGGUACAUGCUCAUCAAUGAAGCUGUUUGUUCCGCCUGCUAGCCCCAAUGACCAGGAGUACCACAUUCUUAAGUUUUACGCAUUCUCCUCGGCGCUUGUCAACAGCGUGCUGCAGAUGGCAAUUACAGGGAGAAUGGACUUCCCAUUCCGUGUAACUGAGCUUGAGCACCGUAUUAUUAACCUAAGACCCAACCCGCCAAGAUCAGUUAUUCUUUUGGGGCGAAGUGGCACUGGUAAAACCACUUGCUGUUUGUAUCGCCUGUGGAACGAAUUCCGGUCCUAUUGGGAAAAAGCUGUCAGUGCAGGACCACACAUUCCCAAGAUGUUGGAAUUCAUACAGAAAGAAAAUGGUUCUGCGGCAGUCAGCAACGAAGAGGAAAUGAAAGAGGAGGAAACACACGACGAGAAACCAGAGGAGAACCCUGAAGUGCCAGAAGUAAAUGAAGAGGACUUUAUUCGAGCUGCGGAUGCACGUCGGAGAGGUGAAGAUGGAGAUACAGAAGAGCUCGAUGGCGAAGAAAAGUACGAGCACCUACACCAAGUUUUCGUAACCAAGAAUGCGGUCCUGUGCACCGAGGUGAGGAAGAACUUCAAAGAACUUACACGUGCUUGUUCAGCCGCUCAGGAGCAUGUCCAAGGUGAAGACAACCCACUUCCUUACAGAAUCACAGACAUGGAAGAAACUGCAUGGCCACUGUUUGUUAAUUCACGGACAUUGCUUUUGAUGUUGGAUGCCUCUCUUGAUGGUAAAGAGUUUUUUCCACGUGCUGAAGAUGGAAGCCUUGUCCGGAAAAUCACUGGAUGGGGUGAAGGAGAGGCUCACAUGAAUGCAAUAAUAGAAGAAGUUGACUCAGACACCGAAGAUGAGGAGCAAGGUAAUCUACCAGAAGAGCAGAAUGAUAACGCACGAGGACGUGCCAAUUUCGACCCCCGGAGAGAAGUCACAUAUGGAGUGUUUGCCAACGAACUUUGGACAAAGAUUUGCAAAGGAAAUAAGGUUGUGUUCCACCCUACCCUGUUAUGGAUGGAGAUCAGGUCAUUUAUCAAAGGUUCUGUCGAGGCUCUGCAUUCAGAGAAAGGGUACUUGACUCUAGAAGAGUAUCACUCCAUUGGCAGGAAACGAGCCCCCAAUUUUCCAGCGGACCGUAGCGAGGUUUAUGCCUUGUUUCGAGUCUACCAGAGAAUGAAAUCCACACUUGGAAUGUUCGAUGAGGCAGAUAUAGUGCAUAAUUUGUUUACCCGCUUGCAACAAGUCGGGCCUCCAGACUGGUCUAUCCACAGAAUCUAUGUGGACGAGACACAAGACUUCACCCAGGCAGAGCUCUCAUUACUGAUCAGAUGCUCUAGAGACCCCAAUGGACUGUUCUUCACUGGAGACACCGCCCAGAGCAUCAUGCGAGGCAUAGCCUUCCGCUUCAGCGACCUCAAGUCACUGUUCUACUACGCACAGCAGUCAUACCAUUCUGUUGGCAUCCAGUCAGGGGUGCGCGUUCCAGACCAACUGUACCAGCUAACUCACAACUACAGGUCUCAUGUGGGCAUCCUGAAGCUGGCGUCCUGUGUGGUGGAUCUCCUGGUCUACUUCUUCCCUGAUUCCUUUGACAGGCUCAGAAAGGAUCAAGGACUUUUCGAUGGUCCAAAACCUGUCUUGCUGGAAUCCUGCAGCUUCAGCGACCUUGCCAUGAUUUUACAAGGCAACAAACGGAGAUCGUCAAGGAUCGAGUUUGGUGCCCACCAGGUGAUCUUGGUGGCUUCAGAUGAGUCGCGGCAGAGCAUGCCUGAUGAGCUCAAACAUGGCCUGGUGAUGACUAUUUACGAGGCUAAGGGCUUAGAGUUUGAUGACGUCUUGAUCUACAAUUUUUUCAAGGACUCCCAGGCUCGAAAGGAGUGGAGGGUUGUGUCAAGCUUUGUAAAGAGUCUUGAGGAAGGCAAAGCAACCUGUUCUAGCGGCCUUGCCGUCCUUACUGACGACGACCUCGCCACCACGUCUAGGCCCCUGACAUUUGACGAGGUCAAGCACAAGGUACUGAACUCAGAGUUCAAGUAUCUCUACACGGCAAUCACCCGUGCCAGAGUCAAUGUCUGGUUCUUUGAUGAGGACGAGGAGGCGAGAGCACCAAUGUUCGAGUACUUCCAGAAGCUUGGACUUGUGCGCGUUGUGCAGAUCUCAGAGGAAUCUGACACCUUGUCUAGUAUGUUUGUAGAGCAGUCCACAGAAGCCGAGUGGCAGAAACGUGGAAAGGAUUUCUUUUCUCGUGGCAUGUGGGAGGUGGCGAUCAAGUGUUUUACCUUCUCGCAAGAUGAAGGCAUGAUACGAAAGAGUCAAGCCCAUCUCCAAGCUGCCGAGGCCCACAAGCUGCGCACUAAUCCUAAAGCAAUGCAAGUGGAGUACCUCAAGGCAGCACACCAGUUCCUCAAGUGCCGCAUGGUACCGGAAGCUGCCGUUUGCUUGAGAAACGCUAAAGAGAGAGUCCUGCUGGCUCGUUUGCACAGGAACAUUGGAAGGUACGAGGAGGCCGCCAAGCUGUUCGCUCGUGAGCAAAUGUACCUGGCUGCCAGCGAGUGUUAUGAGACAAUCAGCGACUACUUCAACGCUGUUGAGGUUCUGUGCAGGGGUAGUUUGUACAAGGAUGCGAUCGAUGCUGUUGAGAGGUACAACAGCCUUGCAGGUAGAGACGGGGUUGUAACAGGUAUUCGUCCACCCAAGGUCUCUAGGACUGUGGAGCGCUUGUGCCAUCAGCUGGCAGAGGAACACUUCCGUAUUGGAAAACCAGAUGACAUGGUAGCAGUCCUCAACAGACUGCCCUCAGUAGAUGACAAGAUCGCCUUCCUGCAGCGGCAUGGCUGCGUCCAGGAGACCAUAGAAGCUUUGCUUGAGGAGUCGAGGUUCGACGAGGCUGCCAAGGUGCUCAAGACCAACGGGCGCUUCUCCGAGGCUGCCAAGUACUCGACCGAUCCCCAUGUGCUGGCAGACUGUCACCUAUCCAGGGCAAGAGCGGCCUGUGCUCAUAACACGAUUGAAGAUGCUGUUGAACCCCUGGAGGAAGCACUACGACUUUUUAUCAAGGUCAAAGACAAGAUAGGUGAAGCGGAAGCCAGGAUGUUGCUAGGAAAAUGCAAAAGGAGUUCCGAUGACUUGGACCAGGCACGUAGGCUGUUCUACAAUAGCAACCAUGCUGUUGGGGAAUUCAGUGCUUGCGUGAUGUUGUACAGAGUCAGUGGUAUGGAUCUGCCACAAUCUGUGCCUUUCCGUCAUAUUCUAGACGCGCUUGAACACGUUCUUAGCCUGGUGCUAACAAUGAGUAAGCAAUCCAGCAUGUACACGAAUGCAGAGCAGCGGACGGUGAUGUUGUGCGAGGGAUUCUAUGGUCUUGAGCCAGCAGAAAGUUCCAGCCAAAGGUGCAUCUACCCGAAGAGUGGCAGCCGCUUUGCAUCUAUAGCGCUGAUGAAAGAUGACAUCAGGCACGUCAUAGAUGUAAAACAAGCUUACAAGCUGAUUGCAGACACAUUACUUUUACAGGCAGCUGAAUUCACUAACCAACUCAAGACCUGCUUGAAGAGGCAUGUGAGGGAAAACUUACAAUGCAAGAUGUACAAUGUCGGAAUCCCAUGUCACGAAAGCUGCAUGUACCAGCACAAUAAAAUAACCCCAGAGCAGUUUAGGGUGCUGUUUGAAGGACGGAUUAACGAACUCCUCCUGAAUGCUGUCGCUGGGAAAUUCAUCCAUGCAGCACCCAAGCAGGCACAGCAGCAGUUCACCAAUAGAGUGUCAAUAGCCAAGGAGAUAGCCAGCUUUAGGGACUGCCAUGCGCUCUAUGACCUGUUCUUUCCCAAUGUUGGUCACCAGGGGGUGUUUGUUACUCGAGAGAUCAUGCGGCAGGUUAGGCGUAACCGCUUGGUAUGUGAACGCCUGGAGGCGUUUGCUGAGGCAGUAUGGAAAGCUGACCAGAGAAGCACUAAGGUGCCACAUUUGGACUCAGAUGUGUUUAUACAGAUUACACGUGUCCUUUACCUGACUGGUGCAUCCAAGAAGCUUCUCCUGUGGUUGUCUAUUGACGAGAAAGUUAAUCCACGGUCUGAUGCAAUGCUGAAUGACAAGCGGAGUGGUCGUUCCCGCUCAUUCCUGUCCGUCUUCCACGACGGGCUUCGGCUUCUGCAUAGUUACGGCGAUGUGCUAAACAGCUCUCACUCGAUUCUACGCCGGUACCUGACUUUUAUCGCCAAGAAGACCACGCUCCCUGUUCCCUCCAUUAUCAAUACAGUGUCAAUCAUCGAGCAACAGUUGGUGGUGUGCCUUGCACUCUACGCCAGACUCUCCAUUGAUUAUAACUACCACGUUUGUCUGCCUGAAAGCUACUUGCAGGCGAUCAACAUUUAUGAUAUGGUGAACUGCAGUGAUAAGGCUCAAGGCAGUAUAUACCAAGCUGUGGAGGCAACAGCUAUGCAGUCCCGUACGAACUUUAUCAUCAGCUCUGUACACAGCUUGUUGCUGUACAUGGUUCAGCUGGUGUGUGGCGUCAUAGGCAAACACUUCAACAUCAUCCGUGAUGCGUUCGUCUUCAGGCAUGGCGAUGAGAUUGUGUCAGGCGAGGUUGAAAGAACACUUGUCUUGGCAUUGACAAUGCUCUGCAAUUGUGGCUUUGGCAUACCAUUUAACUGCAGCGCCUUCUUACUGGAUAACCUCCGCAGCUUAUCCAUGCAGAUCACCUUCCCUAGCCGCAUCCGCCAGGCGCUUCAGGCAGUACAGACAGCAAGCCACAUACCUGACGUUGUUGCUGCCCUGGAGGCUUUCCUGCAGAGUCGAAGCGAGCGGCUGUACUGUCUUCGUUGGAACCAGCACUCGCUUCAUUUCAGCAAACAAGUGGGAGCAUCACUAUUUAGUCAGAUGCGCCCAUCCCAGCUCUUUGCAUUCGGUAAUGCAGGGCAAGUAGAGGCGGUCGAGGCCCAUGCCAGUCAUGAGGACCCGCCAGAGUUCCAGAUGCCGCAGAGGUACCUUGAGCAGCAGCAGAGGGAGCGGCAGGAGGUUGAGGUGGAGAUGGCUGCCAUCAAGAUUCAGAAAUGGUAUCGGAGGAUCAAGUGUGCACAGCAACAGGCGCAAGUACCUUUUACGGCUCCACCCACCCUACAAGUAGACGAGCUCAUGUACCAGUCGACUGUGUUACACUUCGAUAAAUUCAAGGCGGAUGCAUCCGAGUGCUCAGUGUGUCGAGUCAGAUUUAGCCUGCAGACAGGUGAUGGUUACGUGACCAGUGAGGUUGCCAUGCCGACGUUCGAGGAGCACGUAAGUGAGGGAAGCCCUCAUCACCAGCGCGUGGCCGAGUUCGAGAAAUACCGGGAGUGGCAUAUGAAGAGGGUGUUACCGCUCUUUGUUCAGGACACCAAGUUGAGAGAAAAGAUCGAGAAUGCCGAGGGACGUACGAGUGGUGGUCCGUCAGGGCACAAUUUUGGAUUGGAUUCUCAGCGCCUUUCAUGUGCACGCGGCUAUGUGUCCCAGGCGAUUCAAGAGUUUGAGAGUGCUGGCCAGUGGAGGAAUCUAAAGGACCUCGAACCACUUAUCAAAACUUUCGAGGACACCAUUCAAACAAUUGAAGUAGUUCUCUUACAAGAUGUAGUAAACAAAGGUGGACCAGCGGAGGCCGAUGAGGCUGAACAGGGCGAGGACUGGGACGAGGAGGAACCGGAAGAACUGGCACCAAGUGGCGUUAGGCGUGGUCGCUCAGGUCGAAGGCAAAGGAAGCGAGGUGGGAAUAGAAAAAAGGGCAGAAACGAGGAGAAGAGGAAGUGAAAAGACAGCCCCAAGCAAAAACAAUUAAAGGCACUUCGGUUGUUGAACUUAAAAUGUCGGUUAGAUAGUCACGUCUUGAUAACCGAGUUACCUACAAGUAGUUACCGAGUCACACACGAUUACUUACCGAGUACUUACGAAUACUUACCGAGUCUCAUACGAUUACUAGUCUAGGCCACACGUUUACGUACCGUGUGACAUACGAUUACUUACCGAGUCACACACGAGUACUUGCCAAGUCACCCAAGGGUAUCGAGUGAUUCUCUAAGCUGCUUUUAAAACUUACGGGAUAUUCCCGAAAAUUGCCGAUUCAGCGAGAAGUAACGCGUUACUUUCAGAUCAAGGGACUCCCGAAAAGAGUUUACUUGUUAUGUCUAGUUAUGAAAGAUAUAAAUUGUUGUGUCUUGUUCCAGUUUAUAAAGAAAUCACACGAGAUUAUUUGCAAAAACCACAUUUCGGAAAAACAUUUUCCAUAGAUUAUAUUUGUAUUGAUAGUUAUUGAAGUUUAUAAUUUAUUUAGAUUGUAAAUUUAUGUUUAGAUCUCAUUAAACACAUUUUGUUUUGA